AUGCCUCCUCGCAAGAGGCAAAAGACAGGUAGACAAGGUGCCGAUGCUCUGUCGUCAGGGGCGUCGGCUCCCGUUGUCGCCACCGCCUUUGAUGACAUCCCCAAGAUCAUGAGGCAAGCUUUGACCAUUUUGGAUGAUGUCCACGAGCUUCGCCAUUACAGUUCAGAGACUGUGCAUUUGGAGCCCAAAUCUUUGUUGAAGCCUGUGGAUGGGGCAUUCCCUUGGCCGAUUUGUUCCGGCGGGACGUUCAAAGACAUUGCUCAAAGGGCUUGGGCUGAUCCAGAGCGCUUGAUAGAGAUGAGCGCCUGCUUUUGCCACAAAGCUGGCCUGGUGGAGUCAGCUGACAAGGAAGAAUUUGUCCAACAGUUCUGUAAGCUGGAUGUAUGGCCUCCUGAAAAAGGUGAAUCCUUCAUGACUUCCGUCCUGUCCUGGAACUUCAGCGAUGCGGCCUUUUGGAGAGGCCGAUCUGUGGCCAUGUCUGAAGUUGUCACCUUCGCCAGAAGCAUUGCUUCAUCACGCUUCCGCGAGGGUGAGACCGUGACCUUACGACUUCCUUGCGCCCCUCUUCGGCCUGUCAACUUGGCAGUUGGCUCGCUUUACUUCAGCGAUGGCUCUCAGAAGACAUUGGGCGCCUUCCUUGUUUGGAUUUGCCUGAUGUUGGCGACUCAGCUGCCUGAUUUUGAGGACAGCGACUAUGAGAACCCUUCCUUCUUGGCUUUGGUGGGGUCCUUGCUACGAAUCAGAAGUGUGCAAAAGUCUACGGUGGGCGCUGGUGACGAGAUAGACAACACCAUCGCUCGCAUCGUGAAACAAAAUGUCGACAGCAAAGUUCAAGCUGUUUCGAGUUUGACUUGGGCCAGCAUCCUUGCGAGCAUGGGCGAAGGUGUGAGUCUAGACACCUUGAUUGCUCGAUACAACAACCACCCUGAGGUGAAGGCCUUCGAGAACCAGCAAGCGACUGGAAGCAUCUCUUUGGACGGUCGAAAGAGACAGGCCGUCAAAAACUAUUUGGAGAAGACCGCGGCCCCAGCUUUCGGGGUCCUUCUGAAAAGCACCCAUGACAUUUGCUGGGCGCUUGGCCCUUUUGGCGAGUCGUUUGGGUCCUACACGCACAUGUUCCUUGGCAGCUGCGCCAAUUUGGAGUCUUCGCAGCCCAAUGAAGAUGAGAUGCCUGGUCCAUUGCAGAACGAGCCCUCAAUAAGCUUGAAUUGGAGCCUCCCCCUCACCGAGUUCGGCCAAGAGCUGCUGUUCCAAAGGAUUGUGAACAUGUUCGAGCGAACCACCUCCAUGAUCGCCGUUCCCCAGAAGAAGCGGUACAGACUCAGCGGCGAUGACCUGUUCCGUGUCAGGAAUAUGGUGUGCCUGUUCGAUCAAAUCUACCCCCACCUUGGUGCUCGCAUUGGUCUUGACGCCGCUAACAAAUGGCUCGAAGAUAUCCGCUCUGGGACGCAUCGAGAUGCUGACCUCAUGUCCUUGCUGCACAUGAGGCCACCCAUUUUUGCAAUGAGUAUGUUGCCCUCAGAGCAGGAGCAAUCCAAGCGAUCCUUGGAGGAGCUGGAGAUCAAGAAGUGUGAGGAUAAGGAAUCUCAGAAAGCAGAGGUGACUGCAGCGCAGUGGGCCUUUUUCAAAGGAGCGCUUAGCAGAGAUCAAUCAAAGCUUGACAGUGUCCAGCAGGCUCCUCGCAAUGUGCGCCUCCGGCUUCAUGCCAAGCAAGUGGCGCAUCGAUCUCGCCUCGUUGCAGAAGGUGAAGCUGCUUGCAGAGGCUACCAGGAGAGCUUCUUGAAGGUGAUUGCGUUGGAGAAGAUGGAUUUGCUGGGAAGCGAGAUCAGCAAAUACAAGAGCCAGAUCGCUGAUGCCAUGCAGGUUGGCGUCGACUCCAUUCACUGCCUGGGCCUUUGCGACUACAACGCCCCCCGGAGCACGCCAGAACACCAAAGCCGAGACUCGUCGAUUCGGGGAUUGUAUGACGAGGAGAGGGUGAUCAUGGAAGCGUUGUUCUCGCAGCAGCAGUCCGUGGAGUGCCGCUUCAUUGACCUUUUCACUCGCGAAAAGAAGUCUGAAAACAAGACCAAUAUGAGGAGAUUCGCUGCUGGGCGAGUAGUUGUGCACGGUGACACCCUGGACAGCAAUUUUUGGCUAUCUUCUGAGCUUGCGGUGUGCGGCAGACCUGUCGGCCGUGCUGAAGGAGAACAAGGUGCUCCGACGAGCAUCCUUCCUCGUGCAAGUGCCCUUCUGCUUCCCGAAGCUGGAAGUCCGGACCAAGAUCUAAAGCUGGCAGAAAGGACCCGGCCGUCGCCGGAACAGACCAGCGCGCAGAAAGGCACUGCGCGGCUCGAGCUCUUGAUCGAGAGCGCCUUCCGUCACACCAGGAUCACCGGCCCGACGAUUUUGGUGAACUUGACUGGCUAUGUCGAGGAAGCUGCUGCUGCUGUUUUGAACCUGCGAAUCAAAGGCAAAUUGGCUGGUGAUGGAGGAACCAAGAUCGCGAUCCAUCCUGACCAAGUAAAGCAGUGGACAAGUUCGGGCGCUGCGCUGGAAGCUGAGUUCAAGAAGUUGGAGGCCAACCACAUUGAAAAAUACCAGAACUGCUUGGCUUCUGUGAUUACCGCGCAGGCUCAGAGUAGCUCUUCGCUUCCGACAGCAGCUGGGGCUGUGGUGGCUGCUGACGACGAGAACAACGAGGAUGAUCCCCCUCCGGCAUCGCCGGCCCCUGUGACCCAAGAUUCUGAGUUCGCUUCAUUGGAGAAACUUCGCGAAUCUGAUGCCGUGGAGGUCAAGUGUGCUUCAGAGGUCGCAGGAGUGGACUUGAUCAAGACGGCUUCUGGAAAGAUUUGGCUUCUUUCAGAGAAAGAUCGAGUUGUGCCACGAUUUUCUCAAAUUGGAGGCUACGGGACUGGGAAGUACGUUCCCACCAGUGAAGCCGGUGAUGGUGUAGCGCUGGAAUGGCCAGAGAAGGACAAGACAUUGGUCCAAGUCGAUCAGAGCUCCGUGACCCCUGAGAGCAACCAGAUUCAAGUCAUGUCACUGUACCGGUUUUUGGUGCAGCUAGAACGGACCAAGAAAUUGUCGGUCUACCAGCUGAGCUACAGUGAAUGCACCCGGAAGCCCACAAACACAGCUUCGGGAAACAGCGAUGGAUUUGAGAUCACAUUGAAGGACGCUCAGAAGUACAAGUCGCUGGCUGGAGCAGACAGGACUGUGACAGCCAAGUCCUUCUUUGCUGCCAUCAUGGCCAAGGUGGACCAGUCAGCCUUCAUCGGCAAAAUUUUCCGUUGGAGGUUUGAGCGCGUGCACGCAGUGUGCAAGGUGCAGAAGCCUUACGUGAUCUUGAGGUCAGCCUUGCAGUUGAAAGCCGGUCGUCCUUUUCAGAUUGCCUAG